AUGACCAAUGGGAAACAAGGUUAUCUUUAUGCUACUGCAACUAUCUUAGCUCCUUCUCGCAAACUACAAGCUUUUCAAACUGACGCAUGGCGUGGAGAUGACGCUGACUGGGCUAAGGAGUAUGAGCGCUUCCGGAACCACUCUGAUGAUUAUCCAAUUCUGGCCCGAAUCGCCCGUGAUACACUCUGUGUCCCAGCUACUGGAGCAGGUGUUGAGCGUAUGUUCAAUUAUGCUCGAGAUUUAUGCCAUUACCGCCGAGGUUCUCUAAAACCGGAGACUAUUGAGAAUCUAAUGUUGUAUAUGUGCUCAACCAAGUUUGAAACAGAGGAGGAUCGAUUACAGUUCAUACGUGCUUCAAUGCUCGAGGAACAAGCAGCCAUUGGAUCCCAUGAGUAUAGUGAUGAAAUUGAAAAUCCAGAAGAGGAAGUGGAGGAAGAGAUUCAAGUGGAUGAUGUAUUUAAUUAUAUCAGUGAUGAUGAUGUAGAGGAGGUUGAUGAAGAGGUCUCCGUCAUAGGAGAUUCAACUCCAGGUCUACCAUGCAACAGACCUAAGUCACCCUUGAAACGGACUCAGGUUCGAAGGAGUGUCUAUGAUGAUGAUGAUGAUCUCAUCAUCAUCAUCAUCGACUCCCUAAACGACAAAGAAAACCUCCUUCUCAGGCUCCAGGAUUUACCAUUACACAGUAUUAGAUUAUUAUCUUUUUAA